AUGGCUAACAACGUGACCGCUACCAGAGAAGCUACAAGGCGUACUCACACUUACAGUUUCCAUCGCGAAGGCUUGAUUCAGUUGGGGCAAUUGGGUGGAUUGAUCACUGGUCAUAAUAAAACUGUGUUCACUGAGAAUUAUGGAAACAUCUUGACUCUUUUGGACUCACACGUCGACGAAUGGGAGAAACCUGAUCUGAACAACAUUGCCAACGCUCUUUAUUUGAGCAUAGAAGACAUUCUUGGGAAUUGGAAGAAGAAUGGUAGCACUCAGGGUUUCUAUAUGAGUUUCUUGGUUGAGAAGGCCCAAGAGUUGGCUAGCAAAAAGAUGUGGGAGGCCUUCAACGCCCUUCUGGCCGUUUUGAUUUAUGGGAUCGUGAUGUUCCCUAACAUUCACAAGUUCGUUGAUCUGGCUGCUAUAUGUCUUUUUGUGGAGAAGAAUCCGGUCCCUACUUUGCUAGCCGAUACGUACUAUUCUGUUCACUCUCGAUAUGGGAAAGGAGGAGCCAUAAGAAAUUGUUUGCCGUUGUUAUACACCUGGUUUAAGUCCCACCUUCCUACAAGUGGUCCUUUCAUUACUUCUACUCAGAAAUGGCCUCAAAGGAUCAUGGGGCUUACCGGAAAUGACAUUGUCUGGUGUCCUACUGGGAUGGACGUAGAGAAAGUUAUAACUAGCUGUGACAAGCCUUUGGACAAAGAGAUAUUCGAGUCCGUUUGCUUUGAGAAGGGAACCGAUCCAAAGGGUCUAGAAAAAGUGAGGAGUUCCUGGAAUAGCAUCCAUACAAAUGAUCAGAUUUCUCUUGGUGAAAAGAAUGCCGUUGCCAAACAAGCCUACACAGAUUGGGUUGAAAAUAGAGUUAAAGAUCGCCUGUUGCCUUUCCCGAAGGUUAACCCAUUGUACAAGCAACCACCUAAGGUUCCAAUCGCCACUAUGCCUGCUGAGAAUUGCAUCCCAGUAAAUAUGGAAAGCACCCAAUUGCACGAAAAGAAGUCGGAUGUGCAACCGAAACAUUGUCUUGUGGACCAGAAAAGAGUUGAGUUGACACACGAAGCCAAAAUGCUGAAGGGAGGAUCUUCCAGAGUUCAAAAGAGGGCUAGAACGGAAAAAGGUGAAAGAGAUACUACUGUUAUUGUCGAGGAACACCAGAAGAUCCUAAAAAGGGCCAUGAAAGAAGCAGAAGAGAAACUCAAGCAAGAGUACCGAGAAGACUUGAAAGCUUAUAAGCUCAAGAUAGAAAGGGAUGCUAGAGUUGAAGUGAAGAAUCUGAAAAAGAAACUGGAAGAAGAGACCACUAAAAGAAUGGCAAUUGAGACUCAACUGAAAGGAAGUCACCUUCGGCUCAAGGACCUUGGCAAAAAGGUGAAGUUUGAUUUCGAUUUAGGGCUAUUAGGUUUUCUCUCUGUGUUUUCUGUUAAGUGCUUUUAG